AAUGACCUUUCCUCUUAUGCCACAUGGCCUAGUUGGAUACAUAAAAAAGCGUUACAGGCACGUCUGAGAGAGUCAGACAGCGAGUUUUUUCAAAUCCAUAUGCGACGUCGUAAUGGCUGGAGUAGCCGUCUCUCCCGCUUCUCUGCUCCUCGUCAUCGCUGAGAUCGCAGAGAUAUCGGCGAGCACGGGGGUGUUUAAGAAGGACUGCGCCGAUCUCGCGAGGAGAGUUUGUCUAUUGACGCAUUUGGUUGAGGAGAUUAGAGAUUCUCCGCCGCAGACGCUGGAGAAGGAAUCUGAUGCUUCGCCUUCUUUGGUUUCUUGUGAAUGUGAUUGGUGGUCUGAUCUUGUGGUGGGGCUUCAAGCCGCGAAGCGUCUUCUAAGUGCCGCCACUUGUUUCCAGGCUCGCGAAUCAUCUGAGGGUGCCGCGAAGAGAAUAUCAUUCCAGUUCCAAUGUGUUACAUGGAAGCUGGAGAAAGCAUUAGGAAACUUGCCAUGUGACCGCUAUGACAUCUCUGACGAAGUCCGCGAAUAUGUGGAACUAGCAAGAUUGCAGUUGAGAAGAGCAAUGCAGAGAUACGGAUCACUGAACUCGAAGAAGUUCUCUACUGCUCUAUCCGAGCCAAUGGAGAAAGAUGCAUCGAGCAAAGUCACUGAGAAGUUGGAGUGUAUUCAAGAAGCAGUGCACUCCAACGCUCCUUUAUCAGAUGAGAAGAAGUUAGAAUCACCACCGAGAAGGAAGAGCUCUUCAGUUUCCUUGGCCUUCUUUUUAUCGAAAGACGCUGAUAACGAGAGGUUAGAGAAAGCAAUCACCAAGAGCAAAGAUGAUGACUCAAAAAAGUCAGACAACCUCACCAUCCCUGAGGAUUUUCUUUGUCCAAUAUCUUUGGAAUUGAUGAAGGAUCCUGUUAUUGUCUCCACAGGACAGACAUACGAGAGGUCUUACAUACAAAGAUGGAUAGACUGUGGGAACCUAAGAUGCCCCAAGACUCAACAGAAACUCGGAAACUUCACUCUCACUCCAAACUACGUUCUUAGAAGCCUCAUCUCUCAGUGGUGCACCAAGCACAACAUUGAGCAGCCAGGUGGUUACAUGUACGGUAGGACCAAAAACUGUGACGGUGACAUGUCAGCGAUACGAGCAUUGGUCCGCAAGCUCUCGUCACGAUCAAUACAAGACCGGAGGACCGCGCUUUCCGAGAUCCGUUCUCUGUCAAAGCGAAACACGGACAACAGAAUCCUCAUCGCAGAAGCAGGAGCCAUCCCUGUUUUGGUGAACCUCUUGACAUCAGAGGACGUGGAGACGCAGGAGAAGGCAGUCACUUGCGUUCUUAACCUCUCUAUCUACGAAAGCAACAAAGAGCUGAUCAUGCUUGCGGGUGCGGUUACGUCAAUAGUGCAAGUCCUGAGAGCUGGAACGGCGGAAGCUAAAGAAAACGCUGCAGCCACGCUCUUUAGCCUCUCGUUAGCCGAUGAGAACAAGAUCAUAAUAGGCGCUUCUGGUGCGAUACCUGCUUUGGUGAAUCUCCUUGAGAACGGUAGCGUGAGAGGGAAGAAAGACGCUGCGACUGCUCUGUUCAACUUGUGUAUAUACGAAGGGAACAAAGGAAGAGCGGUUAGAGCUGGUGUCGUGAGCCCAUUGGUGAAAAUGCUUAACGACACUUCGAGUCAUAGGAUGGUGACUGAAGCUUUGACGAUACUCUCGGUUCUAGCUAGUAACCAAGACGCUAAAACCGCGGUUGUGAGGGCGAAUGCAAUACCGUCUUUGAUAGUGUUGUUGCAGAAGGAUCAGCCUAGAAACAGAGAGAACGCAGCGGCGAUAUUGUUUGCUCUUUGCAAGAGAGAUACUGAGAAGCUGAUCCUCAUUGGUAAACUAGGAGCUGUUGUUCCGUUGAUGAAACUGUCGAGAGAUGGCACAGAGAGAGCUAAGAGGAAAGCUAAUUCUUUGCUUGAGCAGCUCCGCAAAUCAUCUCAAAAAUUAUGCUAAUUAAUAGCUCUUUAACAAAAAAUAAAAUAAAGAUUGGAAAAUUAACUUCAUUAUUAGUAUUUGAUUUAAUUUCGUUGGAUGUUUAUUUGAUAUCUCUAUAAUAUUAUUUGAGAAGUAAGUUUCGUA